AUGGUCGACGAAAAGUUGGAUCAAGAUCUUCUCUUAUGCAUUGCCCGGGCCCGAGCCAACGGUUCCACCGGCGCUGAACUCGGCGUCGUUGAUGAACGAGCAGCUACGGAGAUAGAACAGUUGGCGACGCCUGCGAGUCAGAGGGAUGGUAACGCUGAUGAUCGUGAAGAGGCUGGAGAGUUCAAUGUCCUAAAAGUCGUCGAGCUGCGGCUAAGGCAACAAGAACAAACCGCUUCCGUCAACAACAGAGAGCAUCCUAAAGCUGCAGUUGCUCCUCCAGAUUCGUUGCCUGUGACCGCGUCUAGUCCAAAGGGCAACUUGUUGCACUCUCUGGAGCAGAACAAUAGCAACACCGUUAAUCAGGCUCAAGAGGCUGUGACACCUACAAACCCUCCAACUCGUCAACUUGAUAUUUCGAAAAGGUACAUGCUGCAUCCAGGCGCCUAUGCACAGGAUGGGCCUGGUGUUGAUAGCAAUGCUGACGUCAAUGAAGAACACACCACAGCAGAAGCCACAAUGAAUGCCCCAGACACCAAUAAUGGAUUGGCAGUGGCAAACAUUGUUGAGGAUGGGGAUCUUCCUACUGCUUUGCCACACAAUGCAGGAUCUGAUGACAGUGCGGCGGAAAACAGAAAAAAAGAACAUACAAAUCAGAUCAAAUCCAACGUUCUUUUUGGAGUUAUCUUACUCGUGAUAUGUAUCCUCAUACUGGUUUCUGUUCUGGUGUCCAUCAAAAGGAAAGAGCUUGACGUGGCUCCAACAGCAGCCCCGACAGGAAACCCCAGCAGCAGUCCAACCCAUGCGCCUACUUCCUUAGUGGACUCUGUAGUCUCACUCUUCCCAGCAGAGACUAUCAUCAAGGUAUUUGACGAUCCUAGUUCACCCCAGUCCAAGGCGUUUGAUUGGCUCCUAGAAGAUACCCUCAAUCUUCCUGACCUCACUGUUGAGAGAAUCAAACAGAAAUUCAUCCUUGCUACCCUUUUCUUUGCUACUGAAGGAACUAACUGGGCCGCCAAUGAUGACUGGCUUAGCUAUGACAUCCACGAAUGCAGCUGGUUCAACAAGCCUGACUUUGCGCAGUACUCGACCAUGGGUAGCUUGUAUCCUGGAUACCUAAAGGAGUUCUUCGUUUCAUCGGAACCGACUCCUUCCAUUUGUGACAACAAUGGGCUCUAUCGCCAUUUAUGGUUGGAUGCCAACAACUUGGGAGGCACUUUGCCUGAGGAGCUCUUCCUUCUGACAACUCUCAGAACACUUUCCCUCGGAUACAAUCAAGUUGAGGGAUCCAUCCCAAGCCAGGUUGGACAGCUUGUUGAGUUAGAAGGGCUGUUCCUAAACAGUAUGAAGAGUGUUGGAACCACCAUCCCUACAGAAAUUGGGCUCCUCACCAAGCUGAAAGCCAUUGGUCUCCAUGAUAACCAUCAUUCUGGAUCCAUUCCUUCUGAACUCUGGGAGCUAUCCGCUCUUGACACAUUACUUGCCCUACGCAACCCCAUGUUGAAAGGGUCCAUUCCAACUGAGAUUGGCGGCAUGACAAAGAUGAGAUUUAUGGAUUUGAAUGACUGUGAUUUGACUGGCUCAAUCCCUUCAGAAAUUGGCAGAGUCAGCUUGCUUGAAUGGGUUGUUGGAUAUGGCAACCGACUAACUGGAACCCUACCAAAGGGACAAUCCCUUCCAGGCUAG